AUGCUCGUUGUGACCACGCCGGCCUCUGGAACAUCAGCAGCACUGGCCUCCGUGACAUCAGUAGCGCUGGCUCCAGUGACAUCAGCAGCGUUGGCCUCAGUGACAUCAGCAGCGCUCACCUCAGUGACAUCAGCAGUGCCGGCCUCUGUGACAUCAGCAGCGCCAACCGCAGUGACAUCAGCAGCGCCGGCCUCUGCGACAUCAGCAGCGCCGACCUCUGGAACACCAGCAGCGCUGGCGUCAGUGACAUCAGCACCGCUGGCCUCGGUGACACCAGCAGCGCCAUCCUCGGUGGCACCAGCAGCGCUGGCCUUGGUGACAUCAGCAGCGCCGUCCUCAGUGACAUCAGCAGCGCUGGCCUCGGUGACAUCAGCAGCGCCGGCCUUGGUGACAUCAGCAGCUCAAGCCUCAGUGAGAUCAGCAGCGCCAGCCCCAGUGACAUCAGCAGCACUGGCCUCUAGAAUAUCAGCAGCGCCGGCCUCAGUGACAUCUGCAGCGCCAGCCUCGGUGACACCAGCAGCGCUGGCCUCUGUGACACCAGCAGCGCUGGCCUCGGUGACACCAGCAGCGCUGGCCUCGGUGACACCAGCAGCGCUGGCCUCGGUGACACCAGCAGCGCUGGCCUCGGUGACACCAGCAGCGCUGGCCUCGGUGACACCAGCAGCGCUGGCCUCGGUGACACCAGCAGCGCUGGGGCCUCGGUGA